CCCGCUCCCGCUCCUCCCGCUCCCGCCCCUCCCGCCCCUCCCGCGGCCGGGGGCCCGGGGGGCUCGGCCCGGGAGGGCUGGCUCUUCAAAUGGACCAACUACAUCAAAGGCUAUCAGCGCCGCUGGUUCGUCCUCAGCAACGGCCUCCUCAGCUACUACAGAUCCAAGGCCGAAAUGCGUCACACCUGCCGCGGCACCAUUAACUUGGCCACGGCCAACAUCACCGUGGAGGACUCCUGCAACUUCAUCAUCUCCAACGGGGGAGCCCAGACCUACCACCUGAAGGCCAGCUCUGAAGUGGAGAGGCAGCGAUGGGUCACGGCUCUGGAACUGGCCAAGGCCAAGGCCGUGAAGAUGCUGGCGGAGUCGGACGAGUCCGGGGACGAGGAGUCCGUCUCUCAGACGGACAAGACGGAGCUGCAGAACACCCUCCGCACCCUCUCCAGCAAGGUGGAGGACCUGAGUACUUGCAACGACCUGAUCGCCAAGCACGGCACCGCCCUGCAGCGGUCCCUCAGUGAGCUGGAGUCUCUCAAGUUGCCCGCCGAGAGCAACGAGAAGAUCAAGCAGGUCAACGAGCGGGCCACCCUCUUCCGCAUCACUUCCAACGCCAUGAUUAAUGCCUGCAGAGACUUCCUCAUGUUGGCCCAGACCCACAGUAAGAAGUGGCAGAAAGCCCUGCAGCACGAACGAGACCAGCGCAUCCGUCUGGAAGAGACUUUGGAGCAACUGGCCAAGCAGCAUAAUCACCUGGAGCGGGCCUUCCGGGGAGCCACCGUGCUUCCAGCAAGCACCCCUGGCAGUGCCGGCUCCGUUAAAGAUCAGUGCUGUUCUGGCAAAGGAGACAUGAGCGAUGAGGACGACGACAAUGAAUUCUUCGACGCGCCCGAGAUCAUCACCGUGCCCGAGAGCUUAGGCCACAAACGCACCGGUAGCAACAUCAGUGGGGCCAGCAGCGAUAUCAGCCUGGAUGAGCAGUACAAACACCAGAUGGAGGAGACCAAGAAGGAAAAGAGAACUCGAAUCCCCUACAAACCCAAUUACAGCCUCAACUUAUGGAGUAUCAUGAAGAACUGCAUCGGAAAGGAACUCUCCAAGAUCCCCAUGCCGGUGAAUUUCAACGAGCCCUUGUCCAUGCUUCAGCGGCUCACCGAAGACCUGGAAUAUCACGAGCUCCUGGACCGAGCGGCCAGAUGCGAGAACUCCCUGGAGCAGCUUUGUUACGUGGCCGCCUUUACCGUGUCGUCCUAUUCGACCACCGUCUUCCGGACUAGCAAGCCAUUCAACCCGCUCCUGGGGGAGACCUUUGAACUGGACCGGCUCGAGGAAAAUGGCUAUCGCUCUCUCUGUGAGCAGGUGAGCCAUCACCCCCCGGCCGCAGCACACCACGCCGAUUCCAAAAAUGGCUGGACCUUGCGCCAGGAGAUCAAAAUCACCAGCAAGUUCCGUGGCAAAUACCUCUCCAUCAUGCCUCUUGGUACCAUCCACUGUAUAUUCCAUGCAACCGGCCAUCACUACACCUGGAAAAAAGUCACCACCACGGUGCACAACAUUAUCGUGGGAAAACUGUGGAUAGACCAGUCCGGCGAGAUCGACAUCGUGAACCACAAGACGGGGGACAAAUGCAACCUCAAGUUUGUCCCUUAUAGCUACUUUUCACGGGAUGUGGCCAGGAAGGUAACAGGGGAAGUGAUGGACCCAUCAGGAAGAGUCCACUUUGCCCUGGUGGGCACCUGGGACGAGAAGAUGGAUCACUUCAAAGUGUCGCCGGUCAACGGGGAAAACGGCGGUGACGGGCGGCAGCGGGGCCACGAGGCGGAAGAGAGCCGGGUCAUGCUGUGGAAAAGGAACCCACUACCGAGGAAUGCAGAAAACAUGUACUACUUCUCAGAACUGGCCCUGACCCUCAACGCCCUGGAGAGCGGCACCGCCCCGACAGACAGUCGACUGCGGCCGGACCAGAGGCUGAUGGAGAACGGGCGCUGGGAUGAAGCCAAUGCUGAGAAGCAGCGCCUGGAGGAGAAGCAGCGAAUUUCCCGCAAAAAGAGAGAAGCAGAAGCUGUGAAAGCCACGGAAGAUGGCAUUCCUUACGACCCCUACAAGGCGUUGUGGUUUGAGCGCAGGAAGGACCCUGUCACCAAGGAAAUAACUCACAUUUAUAGGGGAGGAUACUGGGAGAGUAAAGAGAAACAGGACUGGAACUCAUGCCCGGACAUUUUCUGAAGUGGUGGCAACAGGAAGAGAGAGGUGGAUCGUCGGGGAAGAGUUCGGAAGGGAGGACAGCAAGCGAUUUUGACUUCUUUACCUAGGAAUUUCCCCAAGUCUGUCUGUCUUAACCAAUCAUUUGUUCCGAAUCAAUCACCAGAAACAGAAGUCGGUGGUGGUGAUUUGGCUGGGUUGCCUUAGCUAUUUGAAACAGAAGUUGAUGACGUACCUAAUAUUUGGAAGAGAUCGGGUGGUCGGGAGGUAGCAUUCUUUCUUGUCUGCGAGGUUGUAGAAUCCCCCCGGCUCGCUUCCUCCCUUGUCCCCUUUGAAAAUUGUCCCCUGACCCCCGCAUCAUGGCUACACUCUUUUGAUUCUCCAGAAUGCCCUUCAAGGUGAGUUGCUUCGGGACGGGACGGCCGGGGACAGCGGUGGUGGUCCGGUGCUGUGCAGAGCAAGACUUAAUCUCAGAACUUCCUUUAAAAAGGAAACAGGACAGGAAAUCACCAAGGGAAGACAGCCGGAACUGGUACUUCUGGGGACUGGGCACCAGGAAAAGAAUAGGGUCAGACGCACGCACCUGUGUGUCCGAGCAUAUUGACGGUCCCAAUUCUUGGAAGCGCUAACUUGACUCGCCGGUAACCUCCAUCCCCUAAGCUAGGGAGCCUUGCUAGAUAGUGGGAGGAGAGAUGUCUGACCCGCCCAGAUGAUUCUGUGGACGUUUGAUGGGAAUGGUUUGAACUUCGGAGGCAGGAGGGGGGCCCGAACCCACCUCUGCCCUCCAAAUCACUCCAAACUCCCCUUCCGGCGCCUUCCCUUGCUUCGGCCGACAUGGGACCACACCCAUGGAGCUGGAGGCUCCCCGGCCCGCCUUCGAUGACCGGGAGACGUGAGACGCGAUGAUCUGGAAUGACUGUCUCCACUCUCUCUAAAGCCCCGUGGACUGGAGCCGCCUCCAGAAUAAUGUGUUAUAUAUCUGUAUAUUAUAUAUAUGUAGAGAAAUCUAAUUUUUCUGUUGGAAUUUCCUCCCUCCCAUCAAGGAUCUUGUUUUUGCUAUCACUUGUCCCCUCCCCACUCCCAGGUUUUUGCAUUAAAUUCUAUAACGUGGA